AUGAUCGCGUCAAGGCUCAUCAGGCAGACGCGGCCAUCGACCCUCGCCGUAUCGGGCCUCGCUCGCAGGUUCGUCAGUGAGCUACCGCGGUCAAAUGCAGCACCCGGGCAGCCUAUCGCACCUCCACCGCCAUUCCCGCCAGCAGCUGCAGGUCACACAGCCUAUGCAGCAUCGCCUCCGCCGCCGCCACCAUUCAAGAAGAAGGCCGGCUUUUUUAAGAAAGCCUGGCGCGUGACUUACCUCUCUGCACUUGCAGGUCUCGGCUGGUUCACGUAUGAAGUCUACCAGAAUCGUCAUCCAGGCCAGCAGUUUGAACAGGAUCCAAGUAAGAAGACCAUCGUUAUUCUAGGCUCCGGAUGGGGAUCUUGUGCUCUGCUCAAGAACAUCCAUGCUGAAGACUACAACGUCGUGAUUGUCUCACCGAGAAACUACUUCCUUUUCACGCCCCUUCUUCCAUCUACAACCACUGGCACUGUUGAACUGCGCAGCAUCAUGGAGCCCAUUCGACACAUGACGCGCCACAAAAAGGCCGCCGUCAAGACCUACGAAGCAGACUGCACCAAGAUUGACCCAGAGCGCAAAACCAUCACCAUCACCGAUAACACUGAGCUCAAAGGUGCCGUAGCAGAGACGGAACUCAAGUACGACUACCUCGUUGUCGGCGUUGGUGCAGAGAAUCAGACAUUUGGCAUCAAGGGUGUACGUGAGAAUGCCUGCUUCUUGAAGGAGACUUGGGAUGCACAAAAGAUCCGCACACGUAUCAUGGAUUGUAUUGAGACGGCCCAAUUCAAGACGUUGCCCGAGGAGGAGAAGGAACGGCUCUUGCAUAUGGUCGUUGUGGGUGGUGGCCCUACUGGUAUUGAGUUUGCCGCUGAGCUGCGUGACUUCUUCAACGAAGACUUGCUCGACUGGUACCCGGAGAUCAAGGACAAGUUCAAGGUGACCCUCAUUGAGGCCUUACCUUCUGUCCUGCCCAUGUUCUCCAAGCAGCUGAUUGACUACACCGAGUCCAACUUUAAGAAGCAGGACAUUACCAUCCACACCAAGACCAUGGUCAAGGAAGUCACAGAGCGCGAUGUGACCUGCGAGGUGACUAAGCCAGAUGGUACAAAGCAGACGCAAAAGGUACCGUAUGGUCUGCUCGUCUGGGCAACAGGCAACACACCACGUCCACUCAUCAAAAACAUGAUGGCCGAGAUUCCAGCACAGAAGAACUCUCGUCGUGGUCUUGCCGUCAAUGACUUUAUGGUGGUGGAAGGCUCAGAGAACAUCUGGGCGAUUGGUGAUUGUACAGCGACCAAGUAUGCACCCACAGCACAGGCAGCCUCGCAGCAGGGCACCUACCUCUCGCACCUGUUCAACGACAUGGCCAAGUCGGAGAAGCUUGAGGGAGAAAUCAACUACCUCAUGGACCAAAUGAGCCGAUCCUCCAGUACAACGGCAGAAGAGCGUGCAUCCCUCAAGAAGACGCUCGACAACAAGAAACGCGCACUCAAUGCCAUCAAAGCCACGCCCUUUGAGUACUCCCACCAAGGAUCUCUUGCGUACGUCGGCCGUGGUGAUGCCAUUGCAGACUUGCAGAUUCCCUUCUUCAACGGGUCUUUCUCGAGUGGUGGUGCAUCCACCUACCUUUUCUGGCGUGCAGCCUACAUCUCGCAGGUCUUUUCCCUGCGUAAUCGUGCACUCGUUGUGUUUGACUACACAAAGACCAAGUUGCUCGGACGGGACAUUAGCAGGCAGUAG